AUUCCUUCCAUCUCAUUCACGGUCUGGCAACUGUCAAGUGUCAUCUUGUCCCUGUUAUUUUUAAAAGCUACCAUCUCACUUCUCUCUCUCUUUUUCUUUACAAAAAAAAAAAAAAGAAAAAAUAAAUAAAAUUAAAGGACUAAAAGCUUGAUUAUUCUCUCAAUCUGGGCUAUUCCUGUUUCCCACUUAAAGAUUGUUACUAACCUCUGGCUCUCAGUUUUUGUGAUCUGACGAAAAGAAAUGGUGAAGGAGACAGCUUAUUAUGAGAUAUUGGGUGUCCAUGUUGACGCCUCUCCUGCGAAGGCUUACUAUCUCAAGGCCAGGCUAGUUCACCCCGAUAAAAACCCUGGAGAUCCAAAAGCAGCUGAAAAUUUCCAGGCACUAGGUGAAGCUUAUCAAGUUCUGAGCGAUCCUGAGAAGCGUGAAGCGUAUGACAAGCAUGGAAAGGCAGGGAUACCACAAGACUCCAUGGUGGACCCUUCAGUUGUGUUUGGAAUGCUUUUUGGAAGUGAACUAUUUGAAGAUUAUGUUGGUCAACUUGCUUUGGCAUCUUUGGCAUCUUUGGCAUCUAUUGAAACUGAAGAAGAAUCUUAUGAUCCUGAAGUCCGACAGCAUAGAGUUCAGGAGAAGUUGAAGGCAUUGCAAAAGGCGAGAGAAGAAAAGCUUAUAUCAAUUCUAAAAGAUCGCCUUCAGCCAUUUGUUGAAGGUCGUGUUGACGAGUUUGUGAAUGGGACGAAAUCUGAAGCACAGCGUCUCUCAAUAGCUGCGUUUGGCGAGGCUAUGCUGCACACAAUUGGAUAUAUUUACACAAGGAAAGCUGCAAGAGAAUUAGGAAAGGAUAAACGGUACAUGAAAGUUCCCUUCUUGGCAGAGUGGGUAAGAGAUAAAGGACACCAGAUAAAGUCUCAAGUAAUGGCAGCUUCAGGUGCUGUGUCUUUAAUUCAAAUUCAGGAAGAGCUGAAGAAGAUAAACCAAGGAGAAAACAAAGAAGAGAACUUGGUGAAAGCCUUAGAAGAUAAAAUGGAUGCCAUGCUUAAUUCCCUAUGGCAGCUUAAUGUGGUUGAUAUUGAGUCAACUCUGUCUCACGUCUGCCAUGCAAUCCUUAAAGACCCUAGUGUUUCCAAGGAUGUUCUGAGGCUUCGGGCCAAAGCACUAAAAAAGUUUGGAGCAAUCUUCCAGGGUGCCAAAGCCCCGUACAGUAGAGAAAACAGCCUGCGCCAUGAAGGUGACAUAAAAAGAGAUGCCGCGUCAUCAUCGUAGUGGUAUUUGUAUUCAUACCUGCAAGAUUUUUGCCACAACAAGUUUGGUGAUUUAUGGUAGUCAUUGAAAAGGGUUAAUUGCCUUGCAACAGACCAUUGUGUUCCCUAUAUUGGUUUAGAAUGUUCCAAGACUCGUAUUAAUCUUGGCUUCUUUAGUUUGUUGUUACAAAACAUCCCAGUGAUUCAUAUCAGUUGAUUUUAACGUCCGAUUCUGAAAAGUCUUUUAUGUUAGCUGGUACUUUCUGAAAUAUGCAGUUUUUGAACUCCAUUGUAGUUUCUUGUUUUCAUACAUUACGUAAACUAGAGCGAUGAAAGGAAGAAAGCUAAUAUGUUGU